AGGGUCUUCACCGAGGUGGCCCAGCGGGCCGUGGCGCUCAAGAAGCAGCAGCAGCUGAUGGCGUCCUGCAAGUCCCUGCCCAGCUCCCCGAGCCACUCGGCCGCCUCCACCCCCGUGGGGGGGGUCCACCCCAGCCAGACCAGCAAUGGUGGCCACACCAGCGACUACUCGUCCUCGCUGCCCUCCACGCCCAACGUGAGCCACCGGGAGCUGCGCAGCGAGACCCCGGCCCCGCUGGGCACCCCCAGCUCGCUGCACCGCGGGGCCAAGCGCCGCACCAGCCUCUUCGCCACGCGCCGUGGCAGCGACUCCGAGAAGCGCAGCCUGGACAGCCGAGGCGAGGGCGCCGGCAGCGGCCGCGCCAUCCCCAUCAAGCAGAGCUUCCUGCUGAAGCGCAGCGGCAACUCCCUGAACAAGGAGUGGAAGAAGAAAUACGUGACCCUGUCCAGCAACGGCCUCCUCUUCUACCACCCCAGCAUCAACGACUACAUCCACAGCACGCACGGCAAGGAGAUGGACCUGCUGCGCACCACGGUCAAGGUGCCGGGCAAGCGCCCGCCCCGCGCCAUCUCCGCCUGCGGCCCCUCGGCCAGCAUCAACGGGCUGCUGCGGGACCCCGAGCCCGCCGCCGCCGUCCCCUCGGUGGGGCUGAGCCUGCCCCCAGAGCCGGGGCUGAAGGUGGUGGGCAAGGGGUCCCUGCAGCGCUGCGCCUCCGCCUCCAGCGCCAAGCUGGCCUCAGAGUCCCCGCUGUCCUUCGAGGCCGUGUCGAGCCCCGGCAGCGCUGGCAGGGACCCCCCGCCCUCGCCCCUGGUGGACAGGAAGAAGCACCGCAGGAAGAAGCUGAUGACGCCGUCCAAGACCGAGGGCUCGGGUGGGCAGGCAGAAGCCAAGCGCAAAAUGUGGAAAUUAAAAAGUUUUGGUAGUUUAAGAAAUAUUUAUAAAACAGAGGAGGAGAACUUUGAGUUCCUGAUCGUGUCGAGCACGGGCCAGACGUGGCACUUCGAGGCCGGCAGCUUCGAGGAGCGCGACGCGUGGGUGCAGGCCAUCGAGAGCCAGAUCCUGGCCAGCCUGCAGUGCUGCGAGAGCAGCAAGAACAAGGCGCGCAUGGACAGCCAGAGCGAGGCCGUGGCCAUCCAGGCCAUCCGCAACGCCCGAGGGAACUCGCUGUGCGUGGACUGCGGGGCACCCAACCCCACGUGGGCCAGCCUGAACCUGGGCGCCCUGAUCUGCAUCGAGUGCUCGGGCAUCCACCGCAACCUGGGCACGCACGUGUCGCGCGUGCGCUCGCUGGACCUGGACGAUUGGCCCCGCGAGCUGACCCUGGUGCUCUCGGCCAUCGGCAACGCCACCGCCAACAGCAUCUGGGAGCAGAACCCGCGCGGGCGCUGCAAACCCACGCACGAGUCCUCCCGGGAGGAGCGGGAGUCGUGGAUCCGUGCCAAGUACGAGCAGCGCCUGUUCCUGGCGCCGCUGCCCGCGGCCGAGGCGCCCUUGGCCGAGCGGCUGCUGGUGGCCGUGGGCCAGCAGGACCUGCCCGCGGUGCUGCUGCUGCUGGCCCACAGCCACAAGGAGCAGCUCAACGUGCCCACGGCCGACGCCGAGCGGCGCACGGCGCUGCACCUGGCCUGCGACGGCGCCCAGGUGGUGAUCACCCAACUGCUGGUGUGGUACGGGGCCGACGUGCGGGCCCGGGACGCUCACGGCCGCACCGCGCUGUUCUACGCCCGCCGCGCCGGCAGCCGCGAGUGCUCGGACAUCCUGCUGCAGCACGGCUGUCCCGGCGAGGGGCCCGGCAGCCCCCCGACCCCCGGCAGCCCCCCGACCCCCGGCCCCCCGACCCCCGGCGGGCCCCCGACCCCCGGGCCCCGCCGCCGCAGCAGCUGCGCCAGCGUGGGGCCGUGCGAGCCCCGCUCUGCCCUGGUAUAGCCCCGAGGGGCCCGGAGCCCCCGGUGCCACCCCCGGCUGGGCGUGCCCGCGGCCCGGGGCCGUCCCGGUGCCACCGCCGGGCUCGCCCCGUGCCCACGGUUUGUACUUUUGAUGCUCUAUUUAUUAUCCUUUAUUAUCCUUUAUUAUCCUUUCGGCGUCGGGGUCUCCGCUGGUCCUGCCCCCCCCUCUCCGUGCCAGGGACCCCCACGCCAGGGUCACAGUGAUGCCACUGCCACCUUCCUGUCCCCUGCCCGGGGUAUUGUGCCCCAGCGUGGGGUGGGGGCACUGAGGGCGGGGUAACCCCUGUCCCUGUCCCUCCUUGCCGGUGCCACCCCCUGUCCCUGUCACCCUCACCCCGCAUAGUCCCCUGCUCACAUCACCCUGUCCCCGUUCCCGCGUGCUGUGUCCCCCUCCCCUUGUCACCUCCCCAGGUCACCCUCGCCACCCCGUCUGUCCCCGUGUCCUCGUGUCCCCCCCGGCCGUGCCCCCCGCCCUGGCACAGCCCCGCUCGGUGGCAGGAGCAGAGCAGACCCCG